AUGGAUCCAACGGUUUUGAAAAUAGCAGUUGAUAUAGCACGUGGUCUAAACUACCUCCAUUUCGACAGAGCAGUUCUACACGGUAACAUCAAGGCAACAAACAUUCUCUUAGAAGGAGAAGAGCUACACGCACGUGUAUCAGACUACUGCCUCCACUGUCUCAUGACACAAGCAGGAACCGUGGAACAGAUCCUAGACGCAGGCAUCCUCGGUUACCGAGCUCCUGAGCUAGCAGCUUCGAGGAAACCGUUACCUUCUUUCAAAGCAGAUGUGUAUGCGUUUGGUGUGAUACUUCUUGAGAUCUUAACGGGAAGAUGUGCAGGAGUUGUGAUCACAGGUGAACAAGAAGGUGUUGAUUUAACUGAUUGGGUUAGGUUACGUGUUGCUGAAGGAAGGGGUGUGGAGUGCUUCGACUCGGUGUUGACACAGGAGAUGGGAAGUGAUGCUGUUACAGAGAAAGGUGCGAAGGAGGUACUUGGGGUUGCUUUGAGGUGUAUAAGACCAGUUUCUGAGAGAUCUGGUAUUAAGACCAUAUAUGAAGAUUUAUCAUCUAUUUAG